UCUUACCACCCACCCCUACAACAACUUUAUCCUGUUUCCUUCCCUCAACCCCCCACAGCUUUUCUGGCUCCCAUGGAGUGCACACUCGGCCACCGUGGCCGGAGCCUCGCAGAGCCUGGCUCAUUUGUUGAAUGGAUGACUCUGAUUAUAGCAGGUAUUCAGUAAGCCACUCUUGUUAAAUUAUUGAAAAUAAACGAUGUUACACUUUAGAGGUGACUAGGUUCCUUUUUUUCCCCCAUCACCUAUCCUCUUUCACCUCCUCUCUGGGCCCUGGCUUCCCUCAGAGACCCUCUUUCUCCAGGUCCCAGACUCAUGAGGAGUGCAGUGUCCACAUCUCAUGCAGGCGCUCAGGAAGGAAGGAAGUCACUGAGACAGAGCUCAGUGGCCCAAAUGGUUUCUGCUCCCUCACCUCACACCUCCCACCUCAGGGCUUCCUUCGGUUCGGGCCCUGCCCCAUGAGGCAGGACCACCUUUGUCCUGGACAGACAGACCUGCUAGCCUCUGCUCUACAGUUCUGCUGGCCUUGGCCCUGGCUGUCCUCACACGAGUGCCCCCUCCCUUCUCUCCUCCCUUAGCCCCGCCUCCUUCCUCUAGCCCCAUAGCCCUGGACACGGUACACACAGACCAGAGCCUUGGCUCAAAGGCAAACAAAAGGAACUGCCUGGCUCUUCAUGGCUGUGGCCAGCACCUUCAUACCAGGGCUCAACCCUCAGAACGCUCAUUAUAUCCCGGGGUACACUGGACACUGCCCACUACUUCGGUUCAGCAUGGGCCAGACCUAUGGGCAGGUGACUGGUCAGCUACUUCGAGACCCUCCUGGGCUAGCCUGGUCCCCUGUCCACCGCACACUUCUGCCUCCCAUUCAGCCUCCAAGAUCUCCUGAGGUUCCCAGGGAGAGCCUACCUCUCAGGCAUGGGCAUGAAAGGCUCAGCUCCAGCAUGAUCCCUGGGUACACAGGUUUUGUACCCCGGGCACAGUUCAUCUUUGCCAAGAACUGCAGCCAGGUCUGGGCCGAGGCUCUGAGUGACUUCACUCACUUGCAUGGAAAGCAAGGGAGUGAAGAGCUUCCAAAGGAGGCCAAGGGAAGAAAGGACACAGAGAAGGACCAGGUACCAGAGCCAGAGGGGCAGCUGGAGGAGCAGCCAGCACUGGAGGUGGUGGAACAAGCUUCUACCUAUUCCAUGGAUGACAGGGACCCUCGCAAGUUCUUCAUGUCAGGCUUCACCGACUAUGUGCCCCGCGCCCGCUUCUUCUUCGGCUCCAGCUUUCCUGUGCUCAGCAACCAGGCACUGCAGGAAUUUGGGCAGAAGCACUCACCAGGCAGUGCCCAGAAGGACCCCAAAUAUCUCCCCCCACUUCCCAGGACAUACCCUCAGAACCUGGGUCUUUUACCUAACUAUGGGGGCUAUGUGCCAGGGUGUAAGUUCCAGUUUGGCCACACAUUUGGCCAUCUCACCCAUGAUGCUCUGGGCCUCAGCACCUUCCAGAAGCAGCUCUUGGCUUAGGCCCCUGGACAUCAAGUUCCCUUCCCUUUUCAUCCUAUCCCAGCCAUCCUUUUGGAAGCGAGAAAGGUGGGUGGGAGGAGCACAAAGAGAAAAUGGUCUGGAGGCUGAGCACCUUUUUUAUUAAUAGGUAUAAUAAAUAAAUAAAUAAAUACAUAAACAGA